GACUUGACAGUGAGAAGGAGGGAGAGGCUACAGCCAUCCAGCGAGCUCCGAGCGGGCUGCGGAAGGAUGUGGACCCCGCUGCGGGGACCAGCUCCGGGCGGGACGCUUCUUGUUAUCCUCGCCCCAUCAUCCCUCACCUGCAGCCCUCUGCUCCCAUGAAGCCCCCUCUGAUGAAGCCCCGUGCAGCCAGAGAGAGGCGGAAAGUGGCUGCAGACGACAGCAGCAGAGAGCAUGAUGUACUGGCGCGUCGGCUUCGCCUGGACGCGGUCGUGUGUGGUUGAUCUUGGCAACCAGAACCAGAGCUGCUGGAGCUGCUUCUCCUCCUCCUCCGGCCUGCUGGGCUCCGAUGAGCAGCUCUCGUUUUAUGGGUACAUCAUCGCCUGCCCACUGCAGCAGGACUACGGCGGGAUCAUGUCAGCUCUGGGCUCGGACUCCUGGUGGAGGAAGACGCUGUAUUUGACUGGAGGAGCUCUGCUGGCUGCUGCUGCUUAUCUGCUGCACGAAUUGCUGGCCAUCAGAAAGGAGGAAGAGCUGGACUCUAAAGAUGCCAUCAUACUCCACCAGUUCUCCAGGCCCAAAACUGGCGUCCCAUCCCUGUCCCCUUUCUGCCUUAAGAUGGAGACCUACCUCCGCAUGGUUGACCUGCCCUACCAGAACUACUUUGAUGGGAAGCUUUCGCCGCAGGGGAAGAUGCCGUGGAUCGAAUACAACCAGGAGCAGGUGUGUGGUACCGAGUUCAUCAUCGACUUCCUGGAGGAGAGGCUGGGCGCAAGCCUCAACGAGAGCCUGACGCCGCAGGAGAAGGCCAUUUCUCGGGCUAUCACCAAAAUGGUGGAAGAGCAUUUCUACUGGACCAUAGCUUACUGUCAGUGGGUGGACAACCUGGAGGAGACCCAGAAGAUGCUGUCAGUGAGCGGGCCGCUGAGUGACCUGCUCAAGUGGAUCCUGAGUCACCUGACCGGCGGGAUUGUCAAGAGGGAGAUGUAUGGGCACGGGAUCGGACGCUUUUCUGAGGAGGAGGUUUACGCCCUGAUGGAGAAGGACAUGCGCACCCUGGCCACUCUACUAGGUGACAAGAAGUAUCUUAUGGGCUCAAAGCUUUCAACAGUAGACGCUGCAGUGUUCAGUCACCUCGCCCCUGCUAUGUGGACGCUACCAGGAACACGGCCCGAGCAGCUGAUCAAAGGUGAGCUGAUCAACCUGGCUAUGUACUGCGAGCGCAUCCGCCGGCGAUUCUGGCCCGAGUGGUUCGUGGAUCUGGAGGACUUUUGCUACAGCGACACCACAGAGGACUCGCCCUCUAAACUCCACGAUCUGGGCCUCUACUCCCGCACGGACACCUUCCAGGACGAUACACCCUCAUCAAACACUCACACACCAAAGGACCCUCUGUCGCCCGACAGCGACCCUACAGGCCAAUCGCUGUAUGACUCUGACAUGGACACGGAGUGCUCUGAAAUCGACCAGCUCAAGUGUUGACGAAACAUGCACGUGUAGUACACGCCACCACAUAUAACGCACACCACAGGAGGGAGCUGCAUCCCACCUGUACACACAUGCCCCCCCUACCUCUUUGAACAGAACAUAACUGGGGAGUGAUGUUGGUGUCUCCUGUGUCAGUGGAGAAGUUGAGGACGUUGAGGUCUAACACUUGAACACUGUAGUGGAGGAAUGACUGCAGUCGAGGGAAAGAGAGUGAAACAUGGGUCAAAAGGAAAAAAAGUGGCAGAUGGAGAGAAAAAGAAAGCAGAAAAGUUGCAGUGGAGGGAAAGAGAGAAAAGAGAGGCAGAACAAGAGUGAAAUCCAGGAGUAAAUGACGCCAGUGCUGAGAAACUCCUCCACGCGGUCGACGUCAUCUGCAGUCCCAACUUCUGUCGCCACGUUGCCGCAACCACGGCAACUAAGUGUGUGCGUGACCCCCCCCUCCGUUGUCCCUCGUAGCAACUCGCGCCACCCAGCCUUGUGUGUGUUUUGACUAACGUCUUGGCUUAACUUGACUUAACGCCUUGUAUUGAUAUGACAUCGACACGUAGGGAACUGUACAGGGAUUCAUGUGAAUGAACACAAUACAGUGUAAAUAUAUAAAUGGAUCAGGUUUAAUAGAUAGAAUAUUUGAAUAUAUAUAUAUGAGUAUAAAUAGUAUAGAUAGCCUGCGAAUAUAGAAUCAUCCCCUCUGUCAUAUGGUGUAAAUACUGUAGGUGUUUCUCGUUUGUGUUGGACACAAUGAGUCAAAUCGUCUUGUGGUAGUCUCCAUGAAUACCCACUCUGCUGGUCUAUAGGAUCAGUGUGAGGAGCUCUAUGACCUCCUGUACUGUGUACAUCAGACCGGCAAUACGUCAUCCAGAGUAGGCUCGCAUGACCACGCCCCUUUUAGGGGGAAAACAAUCCCACGUCCCUCAUAGACGGUAAACAGGAGAAGUUGAAACAUAUCUCCAAACUUCUACUUUAAACAUACCGGUAAUAAUAAUAUUCACUGUCAGUUUGCUUGAGUGGGAGGCUGCUGCAGCAAUACAGUCAUACAUUAACGUUAUAACAGCAUCAGACUGUCAUUUCCAACUAAAUCUCAGCCUAUAGAUCAAACAGUUGUCUGUCAACAUGUUGGUUAUUUAUAGACAACACUUAGCCUAACGUGCUUCAAUCAAAUAUGUAUAGAUGUCUGGAUAAGCAAUAUGAGAAACUCCACUGUGUUGGAUGGGCAAAGACUGAAGGGGACAUGACAGCAAUCAACCUUAAUCUCUUAAGAUAUCGCGAAUGCACAGGUUCAGGCAAGAUCGCAAAAAUAAUUAUUAGACAUGUGUAUAAAACAUUUGUAUAACAAGAGAUGAAUGCAUAGAAAUUUGUCAAAAAAUGACAAUCCAUACAUAUGUCAAAUUGCAUUGAAGUCUAUGGGAUCUUUGGGGUUUCUUUCCCCCAAAAGGGGGCACGGCCUUGACUUUUUGCGAAGAAUGUGCCGCAUGUGCCGGUCUGAUGUUCAGUAUGUAUCUGUCUACACAACUGGGAUAUUACAGUAAUGCCUGCUGUCCUUAUUUGAAUAGUGCGGUAAAAAGUUCAUGGAAGAUGAUGGAUCGUAAACUGCCAUAAGCACUUUGAAACUAUCUUUUGUCUUAUUAAGACAAUUAUUUUGCCAAAAAAAUAAUAAUUUUUUCCCCACAUUAGAAGCAUAAUGUGACAACAUACAUUGUCAGGCGCCUGUGUUGUUUGGAUUGUCAUUGAGGACAGUAGCUUUAGGUCAAAUAGACAUUUUACAUGCAAGCAUUGAGAGUGAGUCAAACAAUCAUGUAGAAAUAGAUGAGAUAGAUAUAUAUAUAGUCUGAAUGAAAGUGCAUGGCUGGUACGUGCCAAUGAAAAUCUCCCUUUACACUUGACAUAGAUAAUGUUAUCUACAUUUGUUUGCUGGCUUAUUCGUUAAGUUUGAUGAUGCAGUUUGUUUUGGCGGUGCUUCUGGCCAAAUCAGCCACACGAAGAUGUAGCCAAUUGAUCCCGAAAAAGGACUUUUCCUUUCAGCAGUUUUUGUGACGGACACUAUGAUUAUAAAUGAUGAUUAGAAAAUGUUAUGUGAAGCAAUAGCAGAGCAGACGCAGGUCGAUGUUACGCUAGGCUGCGUGGUGUUUUGGGUGUGUGAUGGUUCGGUGCUGGUUUUUAUGUGUGUUUGUCACUCAGCAAAUGCACAUACCAGCACAUUGUGUUCAGUUAGGUGGUUACUUCGCAAGUGGAUCCAUUGGAAUGAAUUGAAGACACUGCAAAAUGUUGCCCCUUUAAAUGCUAGUAGUGUGACAUACGGUAUUUGUAUUGGCAUAAUAUGUAUCAAGAAAGUGUGCCAAAAAUAUGUUUGAGGUCAUUUAGAAACCGUGUCUCCAUUACGUCGUUUGGCCACUAGAGAGCACUGAUAAGUUUAUUUCAACUGCAAAAUGUCACAUGCUUAGUACACAUCUUUCAAAUCUUUUAUAACCAAAUUAAGGAAUUAUGAUCCAAAAUAUUAAUUUAUGUGUUUUAAAAAAAAUUGUAUUGGCCAGAUAAUUGUUUUUUAAACUUUAAAUUCCAGCAUCAGUCAGGCUCUCCUUGUGAAGACGCUGCACAAAAAUGAAAUUUAUAAUGAAAGAAAUAGUAGCAUUAAUAUGUAGCAGUAUAUUGUUAAAUAAGUAAGACAUUAUGGUGUCAUUUGUUUAAGUAAGACCACGGCGUCGAUGAUGACAGUGGCAUGAUGGAUAAAGAAUAUAAUGAUGUUUUAAUGACAGCAAAGAUCACCAUUUUCCUCUGUGUGGCUCCUUCACUUUAAGGCUUUCUGGGUUCUCUGUUUAACCAAAUAAUGUCAAAAACAUCGAUACAUUGGGCGUUGAAUCAAAGCCUUUAGUAAGGAGACGAUAAAGCCUUUAUGUGUGCGUGCUGCAGAUGAAUUUCAAUACAACAAUAUAGUCUGAAACUGACAAAUUGUGUCUUAAAACCCUUCGCCUGCAUGUUCUUGCCUUCUCUCAUCAUCAGUCAGAUUAUGGAAACUGACUCUAAAACUGUUUACUUUAUAUUAGUGCCAGCAAAUGACUUAUGUUUUUAUAUGUCAUAUUAAUUUAUUUAAUUAUUUCACAUUGUUUGUAUUUAUUGAUUUUGAUCGUGGAUGUCCUUGAAUUUAAGAAAUAACAAUAUUUAUAUUGUUAAUUAUUUUGCACUUUUCUUCUUCUUCUGUUUACAUGUUUUUCUUCUAUGGCAGAGAGUCAAUCAAGUGUAUUGAUCAGUGUAUUAGUGCAAUACUGUAGUUUCUCCGACUUCAACUGCAUAUUUUCACGUUGCCAGUCAUUGCCGUAAUCGCAUGUAUGUCCAUGUGUUGAGAUGUCAUGUGGUGUAUGUUAUAGUCAUAUCAUAAUAUCGAUGUCAUUGUGUUUAAAUAUUACAGUCCCGUCAUCUGCUGCAGAUUCUGUCAAAAAUAGAAAAUUUUACCUGGCAGAGCUUCAUGUCCAGUUAAAAUCAUAAAACAACAAAAUAUUGAGGUGAAAUACCAAAUACUGUCUGCUAGAGCUCAGAUCAGCAUGGUGAGGUCAGCCAUCUCGCUGAUCAGCUGAUGAUCAGUAUCCCUCUUGUGAGAUCACCCAUUACAGGAAAAACUGUCCAUGCUGAAUAAUGUCUGUGAGCAACUUCAUCUGUCUCAGUGUUCCUCAGCAGCUAGAGGUCAGGGGUCGGGGUUUAGCCCUGCAGUGUGUGUCGCUCUCCAUCGAGAUUUCUGCUUGUAGACUGUAGAAGCCAUAUUGUCUCUUUGGUGUUGUGUGUGUUGAAACACUUGUGGAAUCUCAUCAAACUGUAAAUAAGAGAGCCAGGGGGGAAAAAAAGACUCAAAUUAAUAGGCGAACAUGAUCUAAAAGAAAUCGCUCUGUACUCAUUAAAAAAAAAGAUUCUUAUGAAUGUAUCAUACCUAGAGAUAAAAAGCUGUAUAACAAUGGACUACUCAUAAUAUUUCAUUAAAUAUAGCUGUGGUAUUUUCCUCUU